GAAGGAUUCGCGGACGCAAAAAAAAAUGGUUGCCGUACGCGCUAAGGUUGGCUCUCGCAGCUUCAUUCGUCAGAAGCAGCUGUCGAAGGGCAAAAAAGUCUUCAGGAUCGACUGCAACGUCCCUGUCGCGGAUGGCAUCUUCAGCGAGGACAUUUUGCGCAGUUUUGAGCAGUUCUUCCUCGACAACACCAAACUCAACGGCCGUAAAGGCAAGCUUGGCGAGAAGGUCCGGAUUGCCGUUCGGGAUAACACGCUCAGCGUCGUCACCACGAUGGCGUACCGCAAGAAGUACUUCAAAUACCUUGCGAAGAAGUUCCUCAAGAAGAAGGAGCUUCGCGAUUGGCUGCGGAUCCUCUCCACUGGAAAGGACACCUACCAGCUGAAGUACUUCAACAUUCAGGACCAGGAGGAAUAAACGAACACAAGGAGAGGUUGUCCAACACACUAGUAACCGGCAACUCCUUGGAGACUCUUCACACGCCUUUGCGCAUCCUUUCAUUUUUAUGGAAAAGCGCAUUUCACCGCAUACUUUCCUUUUUUAUUAUUUCAUUGAAAAAGAAAACCCCUAAGUCAUUCUAUUUGGUUGAAGGUCAAAA